AUGUUCAAACGUCUCGCACUUGGCCUACUGGCCGUUCAGUCCGUGGCUGCCACCCGGUUUGCCAUGUACAUUGACGAAUACCAUAUAGCCGAUCUCCCGGGCCAGGAAAAGACCGAGGGCAUUGACCAUGCGAUCAUGAGCUUCGCUGCAGCAAAGCUAUUCAACUCGGACUCACCGGCAGCUUACACGCCAUUUGAGGCCCCCGAGACUAUGCGAAAGCGCUUCAGUCCCGAUACCAAGCUAAUGGUCGCUAUUGGUGGCUGGGGUGACACCACUGGUUUCUCCGAGGGAGCAAAAGACGAGGCUUCGCGCACACGAUUUGCCAAGAAUGUCGCUGCGAUGCUCGACGCAAAUGGAUUCGACGGCGUCGAUAUCGACUGGGAGUAUCCCGGCGGCAACGGCGAUGACUACAAAGACGUGCCGAAUUCGAAGAAAGUGGGCGAGAUCGAAACCUACCCUCUCUUCCUCGAAGCUAUCCGCGAAGCAAUCGGCGACAAGAUCCUCUCUAUCGCAGUACCCGGUCGUAAGCAGGACUUCAUCGCCUUCACCAAGGAGCAGGGUCCUAAGAUCUUCGAGCCUGUCGAUAUGGUCAAUGUCAUGACCUACGAUUUGACCAACCGCCGUGAUAACGUUACCAACCACGCCAGCGGUGUUCAAAACUCCUUGGACACUAUCAACGAGUACCUCGCCAUUGGGGCUGAUCCCGAAAAGCUCAAUCUUGGCUUCGCGUACUACGCUAAGUGGUUCACCACCGACCCUAACUCCGAUUGCAAUGAGAACCCUCUCGGUUGCCAUCUUGCCAAGCUCGAGACCGACGAUGGAAAGGACAAUGGCAAAUCCGGUGCUUUGACUUUCGAGGCCGGCAAUGUCGCUGCUGCGCCCAAGGACCUGAAGGAUAGCAACGAUGGAACGUGUGGAUUUGGAGCGAAAGCCAAGUGCCCAUCAGGACAGUGCUGCAGUUCUUCCGGCUUCUGCGGAACUACCGACCAGUUCUGCCAAGCUGGAUGUCUCUCGGACUACGGUACGUGCAAGGGUGUCUCCAUUACAGAGUCAUGGCGCAAAGCUCAGAAGGACGGCAAGACCGACGAGGUGGGCGGUGGUCAAUACUACUUCGACAGCGAUAACAACAUUUUCUGGACCUGGGAUACCCCCGCGAUGAUUGCCCGCAAGUUCACGGAAAUUGUUGCGGAGAAGAACCUUGGUGGUGUCAUGGCUUGGAGCUUGGGUGAGGAUACCUACAAUUUUGAGCACUUGGAGGCUAUGCAGAAGGGUCUUGAGUCUCACACCCCCAAGGCUGUGGACCAUGCCUAG